AUGGCAGUCGACAAAAGGAACGUCGUCAUCUCAGCUAUCGUCCUUGAGAUUGAGGGGCGCGAAGAUAUCACUCUUGAUGUGUCUACUCCAGACUCGCGCAAGAAGCUAUCAGAACACCCCAUCAAGAUCAAGGAGGGUGCCAUCUACCAAAUGAAAAUUGUCUUUAGAGUGCGAUUCGAUGUUAUCACUGGCCUGAAAUAUCUGGAGGAAAAGAAGCGUCGGGGUGUGUUGAUCGAAAAAAGCGACACUUUGAUGGGCUCUUACGCACCUGUCUUAGAAGGCCAGCCCGACUUUGAAGUGACAUUUGGUGGUGAAGAAGCUCCUUCUGGUAUGGGGGUUUUCGGAAGAUAUGAUGUGACUUCUUCAUUUGCGGACGGAAGAAACAACUAUCUUGACGUCCAGUGGGCUUACGAAGUCACAGAAGACUGGUAA